UAAAAUUAUUCAUUUAAUAUUAAUAGUAUUCGGCCGAGUAUAGAAUUUUAAGUUUCGAUUUGUUUAAAAUUCUUAUGUGAUUAAAUUUAUGAUUGUAUGUACAAAUAGUAGCAUGAUAAGUGGUAUUUCAUGUAUUAUGAGUUCUGUGAAAUUUUUUGGUUUCGGCAUAGGCACUUAGAAAGUUUACAAAGUUCAUGCAAACUUUUGUGAUAUGCUUGUGUGAGUAUUAAUUGUGAUUGAGACCAAAUUAUACUUGCUAUGUUUAGGCUUUUGAUCAAGUAGUCCUGUGCUAUUUGGGUUUUUGUGCUUGGACUGAGGUAAAAAAGUUAGCUUGAUUUCUGUUUUGUUUUUUUUUUUUUAGAUUGACUCUAGUCAUGAGAUAUGUAUGGAUUUUGUUGUGUUUGCUUUUCCUAGUGAUGCAUCAUUAUUAAAGGUAGACGUGUCUAAAGUCUGGACAAUAAGGGUGCCAGGUAAGACAUGGGCAAUAUGGGUGUCAUGAUCUUAUGUUGUAUGUUUGUGAUUAUGUUGCAUAGGUAAAAUACCAUUUUGGCCCCUGUAUUUUGACUAAAUACUCGACCGGCCCCUAAGUUUUGUUAAAUGACAAAUCAGACCCUGUAUUUUGUAAAACGGAAAAAAAUAGUACCGUGGGCCUGAUUUUGGUCAACCAAUUUUUAAAUAUGACUAAAAUACCCUCAAAAUUUUUAAUUAAUGAAUUAAAAAAACAAAUAAAAAUAAGAAAAUAUAAUUAAAUAAUAAAUUUGUUUUAUUCAAAAACCAUAUUCAUUAAAACUUAAAAAUAAUUAAAACAAACUUUCCCAAAAAAAAAAAACAAUGACCUUUCAAUCUCCUCCCUCCUCCUCCUCCUCCUCCUCCUCCUCUUCUUCUUCUUCUUCUUCUUCUUCUUCUUUUAGAUCUGAUUCGGGUAGAACAUCAGAACUUUGGAUAGAGACUAGAGAGGAGGACAGAGCUAGGGGCAGAGCUUCAGGCGUAGCUUGGGACAGAGCUUCAGGCGGAGGAUCUCUCAACUAAAGUACUGCCAUACCAAAAAUACAAUGCCCACAACAUGAACGUCAAGCACUGAGCAGAACCCAUUUCGAUUUUGGCCAUCCACGAAUUUUUCCUCACCUCCUUCCUCGACUCCUCUUGGGCUUCUUCAAACAACUCCAACAUUUUUCCCACGCUCCCAAACGAGGUCACGAUUCUAUGAUUGUAUACGGCUUCCACGACUAUCAGGGUACUCUAGUUCUGGGCAUUGACGAAGGGAUUUCACCAUGUAUGCCUCGUUGCUGAGGCGUGAGCACAACGCUCCACUCGAGUUCUUCUCCUGAUCGAACCAAGUUGUUUCGAAGGUCAGGAUCUUCUUCACCAUCCAUAUCCAGAUCUGCUUCAUCAACCAUUCCCCCAUGAAGGCGAAAUUAUAGUGCUGGAGGGGAUUCAGAACGAUGGAGAUGAGCGAGAGAAAGCAAAAGAUCAGGGUGAUGGGGAGGAAAAGGCUGGGUAAUGGUGAAUUUGGGUUUCGUUCUUAGUGGUCGAAGCUAGAGGCUAGAAGAUCUGAGUUUGCCUUGGCUCACGGGUGCUACGUGGUGCAGGUAAAGGCAAAGGCAAGCUGGUCCAAUCUUGAGAUCGAGAGCUGCGGGGUUGAAUGUACAUAGCCAGCUGAUCGAUCGCCAUGGUCGAGAAGUGGAUCAGGACAGGGAUUGCCUAACUGUCUGUUUUGCCUUAAUAUGGCUUGAUUUUAUACUUAAACCUUAUGACUUUUGUAAAUGGUCAUUAAACUUAUUAUUUUUGGGAUCCCGUGUAAACAGAUAAUGUUUCUUAAUGAACAACGUGACUUUUAAGACCAAAACAUUUUAACCAUAGUUCCUUUAUAGUUUCAAUAGCACGUUUCAAUUUAAACGACUUGAUUAGCAAAUCUAGCACUUUAUAAACACACAGUGUAACGGUCUUGGCUAUCUAGGGCGUUACAACUUUGUAUCAGAGCGUCCUAGGUUUAUGGGUCCUGAAGACUGGCUGGAUAUGUACAUUCGCCGCAAGAGACAAGCUCAACUCAGGGUUUGGUAAUUGUAUAUACAUGAUAAUGUGCUUAAAUGAUUUAAGUAAGAUAUGAUUGUUGAUAUCUAUCUAAUGAAUAGUGAGCAUGAGAUACUGAUAGGGCCUGGCCCUUGACUAUUGCAUGAUGCUAUUGAGGCUUGCUUAUUAGCACUGCUAUGCAUGUGAAUGAAUAUCUGGAUAAAUUUCUAUGCUUUGAUUGCUUGUGAAUGAUUGGAGUUCCAGUAAUGGAUUAUGAAAGGAUUUUUACCCUGUCAUUAUAGCCUAAUUGUCGAGUCGUUGGUUGUAGAUUGACUUGAAUAGUUAUGUGUUCAAGAAAAUCCACGCGACUAGCCGGCAGGUCCGGUGCUAGAGAUAAUGAUCAGGGCCAGACCCCUCCGCUAGUCCCUGAGAACUGGCAGCAGUUAAUGGCAGACAUGCAGGCUCGGCUUCAGAGCCAAGAUGAACAUAUUCGAAUUCUGCAGCAGCAGGCUCCAUCUGGGAGUGUUGCCCCUAUUGUGCCACCUGCAAUGGUACCGGUAGUGCAGCCAGUUGAGGUUGGGAACAAAUGGGAACCGUUGUCUGAGCGGCUCAGGAAGCAACAGCCCCCGAUCUUUGAGGGAGGACCAGAUCCCCUGAAGGCUGAGCAGUGGAUGACUAUGGUCACUACCAUUCUUGAUUUCAUGAGGGUAGAAGGACAUGACAGGGUGGCCUGUGCCACUUAUAUGUUGAGGGAGGAUGCCCGAAUUUGGUGGGAGGUGGCAUCACAAACUAGAGAUGUUUCUGCAUUGACUUGGGAAGGGUUUAAGGACUUGUUUAGUCAGAAGUAUUAUAAUGUUUCCAUCAGGGCAGCAAAGAUAAAUGAGUUCGUGGGGCUGGUUCAGGGCAGUAUGACAAUUACAAAAUAUGCCUUGAAGUUCGACAGACUUAUGAAGUUCGCACCGGAUCUUGUGCCUACUGAUGCAGCUAGGCAGGACAGGUUUAUCAGAGGGCUAAAUGCUAUGAUAGCCCAAGAUGUAAGAAUUACCACAGUUCCUGGAGGGACAACUUAUGCCCAGGCUGUGGAGAAGGCUCUUACCGCUGAGGAAGCAGAGAAUAAGAUAUGGAGAGAGAGUUCUGUGAGGAGGGAGGGCCACAGGGUGGUGCCUCCAUAUUCUGGUUCAGGUAAGGGUGGAGGCCCCAGUGAUUUGAAGAGGAAGACCCCUGAGGCUUCGACCGUUCCUGGUUCUGAUCGGAGAGGUCGGGGUACUCAAGGUGGCCGUCAGGGAGGCGAUGACACAUGGAGGACUUAUCCGGAGUGCACGAGAUGCAGGAGAUGCCAUCCGAGUGAGUGUCAGGCUAAGGCCUGCUAUGUGUGCGGGGUGGUGGGACACCUCAGGAAGGAUUGCCCGACGGUGAAGAAGGGGGAGAUAGGGAAGGUGGACAGCUUGACUCCAGCUCGAGUGUUCACCCUGACGCAGGCGGAGGCCGAGGCUAGUCCCUCGGUAGUGACAGGUCAGCUUUCUAGUGUUGGCAUUCCUUUUACUGUGUUGACUGAUUCUGGUGCUACGCAUUCGUUUGUAUCUGAUAAGGUGAUUGAUAGGUUGUGUAGACCUAGUGAGUAUAGUACUUCAGGGUUUGGGACUAUUUUGCCUACAGGAGAACUGGUAGUAUCUAGGAGGUGGAUUAGAGCACUGCCAGUGAUAGUUGAUGGUAGGGAGUUGUCAAUAGACUUGAUUGAAUUGAGUAUGGAGGACUUUGAUAUGAUUUUAGGUAUGGAUUGGCUGGUUAGAUAUGGAGCUACCAUUGAUUGCAGGAAGAAGAUGGUGACCUUUGAGCCAGAGGGCGAGGAACCCUUUGUUUUUGUGGGAGCGGUGCAUGGACCCCGCGUACCCAGGAUAUCCGCAUUGAGAGCCAGAUACUUGUUACAGGGUGGACGUAUAGGCUUUCUGGCUAGUGUGGUGGAUACCACCAGAGUUUCACCAGUAGGACCAGAGGAGACCAGAUUAGUUUGCGAGUUCUUGGAUGUGUUUCCUGAGGAUUUGUCUGGGUUGCUGCCAUGUAGAGAGAUUCAGUUUGUCAUUGAGUUGGUACCAGGGAUAGAGCCAGUGUCAAGGGCACCAUAUAGGAUGGCACCGGCAGAACUGAAAGAAUUAAAGAUACAGCUGCAAGAGCUUCUGGAUUUGGGGUUCAUCAGACCUAGCUACUCUCCAUGGGGUGCUCCAGUUCUGUUUGUGAAGAAGAAGGACGGGACUUUGAGAAUGUGCAUCAACUACCGAGAAUUGAACAAGUUAACUAUCAAGAAUAAGUAUCCCCUACCAAGGAUUGAUGACUUGUUCGAUCAGCUGCAGGGUAAGACGGUGUUCUCAAAGAUUGAUCUUCAAUCUGGUUAUCACCAGCUGAGGAUCAAGGAUGAGGACAUACCUAAGACGGCCUUCCGAACUCGGUAUGGGCACUAUGAGUUCUUGGUCAUGUCUUUUGGUUUGAUCAAUGCCCCAAUAGCCUUUAUGGAUCUAAUGAACAGGGUGUUCAAGGAUUUCUUAGAUUAGUUCGUUAUUGUCUUCAUCAACGAAAUCCUGGUGUAUUCCAGUUCAGAGGCAGAGCAUGAGCUUCAUCUUCGACGGGUUCUUCAGAGGUUGAAGGAGCAUCAAUUGUACGCCAAGUUUAAGAAGUGUGAAUUCUGGUUACCCGAAGUGACAUUCCUUGGACAUAUCGUAGGUGCAGAUGGGAUUAAGGUGGAUCCAUCUAAGGUGGAGGCAGUUAGGGAUUGGCCGAGGCCAAGGAACGCCUUGGAGGUGCGGAGUUUUCUUGGGUUAGCAGGUUACUACAGACGGUUUGUAGAGGGAUUUUCGAAGAUAGCAGCACCGAUGACAGAAUUGACAAGAAAGAAUCUAAAGUUUAUCUAGUUAGAAAAGUGUGAAGACAGUUUCCAAGAGCUGAAGCGAUGACUUAUUACAGCGCCAGUGUUGAGUCUUCCUUCGGGGGAAGGGAAGUUCGUGGUUUACUGUGAUGCAUUGAGGUUGGGCUUAGGUUGUGUGUUGAUGCAGAAUGAGAAGGUAUAGCUUAUGCAUCACGACAGCUGAAGGAGUAUGAGCAGUGGUAUCCUACCCAUGACUUGGAAUUGGCAGCAGUGGUUUUUGUACUGAAGAUUUGGUGACACUAUCUAUAUGGGGAGAAGUGCGAGGUAUACACUGACCAUUAGAGCCUGAAGUAUUUCUUUACACAGAAGGACCUGAACAUGAGACAGAGGUGUUGGCUAGAGUUGGUAAAGGAUUAUGAUUGUGAUAUUCUUUACCAUCCGGGGAAAGCCAAUGUGGUGGCAGAUGCAUUGAGCCGUAGAGGUCCAGGUCAGUUGUAUAGUUCUGUUCAGAUCUCAAGGGAGUGAGCUGAUGAGUUGGUUAGAGCAGGGAUAGAGUUGGUGGUAGGCCGGUUGGCCAAUAUUACUCUGCAGUCGACUCUACUAGAGCGGAUCAGAGAGAGACAGUUGGCAGAUCCUCAGUUACAGAGGGUUAGAGAGGAUGUCUUAGUGGGAGUAGCUAAGGACUAUUCUGUUUCUAAGGUUGGAUUACUUCGGUAUCAGGGGCGGAUAUGUGUUCCAGCUGAUGAGGGGGUCAGACGAGAGAUACUAGAUGAGUCUCAUACGACACCGUACUCACUUCAUCCAGGUACCACAAAGAUGUAUCAGGAUCUGCGAACUUUAUAUUGGUGGCCCGGGAUGAAGAAGGAUGUGGUGGAGUACGUUGGCAGAUGCUUAACCUGUCAGUAGGUGAAAGCUGAGCAUCAGCGACCGGCAGGGUUGCUUCAGCCUUUGGGUAUUCCUAAAUUGAAAUGGGAGGACAUUACUAUGGAUUUUGUGGGAGGUUUACCCAGGACAGUGGGGAUUCAUGAUUCGGUGUGGGUGAUAGUGGAUAGAUACACCAAGUCAGCCCAUUUUAUACCAGUGAGGUCGACAUAUACUGUGGAUCAGUAUGCAGAGUUGUGUGUAAGGGAGAUCAUACGUCUCCAUGGGGUUCCUAAGUCUAUAGUGUCAGACCGGGAUCCUAUCUUCACUUCCAAGUUUUGGGGUGGGUUGCAGAAAACUUUAGGGACUCAGUUGAAGUUUAGUAUAGUUUUUCAUCCUCAGACUGAUGGACAGUCUGAAAGGACGAUUCAGGUAUUAGAGGAUACGCUCAGAGCAUGUGUGAUUGAAUUUGAGGGUUCAUGGAGUAAGUAUCUUCCGUUGAUUGAAUUUUCGUACAACAAUAGUUAUCAGUCAACGAUUUGAGUGGCUCCCUAUGAGAUGUUAUAUGGGAGGAAGUGUAGAUCAUCCAUUCAUUGGGAUGAAAUGGGUGAGAGGAGAUAUUUGGGACCGGACAUGGUUCAGAGGACAAGUGAAGCCAUAGAGAAGAUUCGGGCUGGAAUGCUCGCUUCUCAGAGCAGAUAGAAAAGCUACGCUGAUCCUAAGCGUAGGGACGUGGAGUUCCAGGUUGGGGACCACGUCUUUCUCCAAGUUUCACCGUUGCGAGGGGUAAGGAGGAUUGGAAAGAAGGGCAAGCUGAGCCCUAGAUUCAUUGGGCCAUUCGAGAUCUUGGAAAGGAUUGGUCAAGUGGCUUACAGAUUAGCUUUGCCGCCAUCAUUGUCUGGAGUUCAUGACGUAUUCCAUGUCUCCAUACAUCAUUGAGGUAUGAAGAUUUGAAGUAACAGACAGAUUUGGUUUAUGAGGAGCAACCAGUUCAGAUCUUGGAUCGAAAAGAUAAAGUAUUGUGAAAUAAGACGAUUCCUCUUGUUAAAGUGUUGUGGAGGAAUAGUAAGGUCGAGGUGGCGACCUGGGAGCUUGAGACAACGAUGCGGGAUCAGUAUCCCGAGUUGUUCAGGUAAAUUUCGAGGACGAAAUUCUCAUUAGGAGGGGAUAGUUGUAACGACCCAAAUUCGCUAAUAAGGCUUAAGGGCCUUGAUUAGUGUGCCUGGAGGGCAUAAUGGGAAUUAUGUGUGACUUUGAUGAGUAAAUGCAUGAUUAUGAUUUAAAGCAUGAUAUAUGACUAUUUGAAUAUUUUAGAUGCAUGACUAUGUGUAUUAGUAUGCAUGUAGGCCCUGAUUAGGUUAGAAGGGCAUAAUCGUAAUUUUGGCCAGUAUGGGCAUAAAUGUAUUGAUAUAUGUGAUAAUUGUCGAGACCACAUUAUUAUGUGGAUAUAUCUGUGAUCUGUGACUCCAGACGAUCCUAGGGAGCAGAUUAGAGGAAAAGUCAUGGCGGGGAUUUAUACUCGGCUCGGGGUGAGCCUAGGGGUAUAAUUGGGAAUUUAGUGAGUAUAUUGGGGUCUAUUUUGACAUUGAGGAAUAUUAUUGGUGAUUAAUUAGGUAUCGGGAAUCAAGCGGUAAAUAUUAGAGACACUCGAGGAGUUAGCGGGAAUUGGGGUGAAAUGACUAAAAUGCCCUAAGAGGAUUAAAGGGUUAGAAUUAAAAGGGAGAGCAUAAUAGUCAUUUGGCUUACAGGAGUUAAGUGUUACUAAGGCUUUAUGUUAGUGGAAGUUGUAGAAAAGUAUAAAAGUCUGAAAGAGAGAAAAGAAGGAAAAGAAAGAAAAGAGAAAAGGAAGGGAAAACAGAGUUGUAUUCUCUAGGGUCGGUUUGUGGUUCUCUGAUCACUUUUCCUGGGUUUUCUUGGAGCAAAGCUCAGUGGAGAGCUGGGGUAGGCUAAGCAUCAAGGAUCCUAAGCUAGUCUUGGAGAAUUGGCAGAGGUUUAGCAAGAACACCCUAACACUUGAGGUAAGGCUUUGUGGUUUCUUCAGUUUCUGGUUUUGGUUUUUGAACUAUGGUGUAUAAGCUGGAUUUCAUGGGAACUUUAGGGAAUUCAGACCAAAGGGUGAGGAAGAGCAAGCUAAGGAGGUGUAGAGGUUGUCUUGAAAUCGAAAUCCCAUUAAAGGUAUGAAUUCUAAGCUUCUAACUUUGAUGUUUUGACUGGUUUCUGCUGAGUUUCUGAGCUUAGGGAUGGCUAUGGUGAAUUUUGAGAUUAGGGAUGCAUGUGGUUGGGUUUUGAGUAUUUGGGGUGCUUGGGAUGAGUGGAGUAUGUUCAUAAGGUUGUUUUUGAGUUUGGUGAAGGUUUGGAGAAGUUUUGGUUGAGUUUGGUUCGAGGAAAUUGCAGGAGGGAAAAAUUGGAGAUUGCCUGUCUGUGACUAGCGCUACAGCGCUAGCCUUUGGGCGAUGUAGCGCUAGGCCAAGCUUCCUGGGGGAUUUUGCUUCUUUUUGUAGCGCUGUAGCGCCUCCUAAGAGCGUUGUACCGCUGCCCUGUUUUCAGAAGGGGAUUUUAGGGUUGUUUGCAAGGGUUUUUUACCAAGGGUUUGGGGUUUGAUUCCACCACCUUGUUUGGUGGAACUAGGACUUCCCGGGGGUUCGGGAUUGGCCCGGAGGCUAGGUUUUGGACUUGAGGAUUGAUGAUGACUUUGGCCUAUGGUUGUGUUUAGGUGAGCACUAGGGCUCGAGGGGGAUCGUGCUCAAGGAGUCGAGUGAUCAAAGCUAGCAAAUUGAAAGGUAAGAAAACUGCACCCGACUAUAUGCUUAUGAUGGGACUAAGUGCUCCCGAUAUUUGUAUUAUGUCAAUGAUGGUAUCAUGCCAUGGGACAUGUGAUAGCGGCCUAAGAGUGUCAUACACAAUAUUUGCGCACAGGGCGCGGCUUGGCCACUGGUAGCCGAGGACAGCUUAAUAUUCACUGAGCUCGGUUUAAGCGGGCCGGAGUCAGUGGGAUAACUGAGGGAGCGGCGUAAAGGCGCUAGCCCUAGUUAUCAUUUGUGAACUGAUAUAUGAUAUGGGUUGAUAUUUUUAGUAUGUGGAAUACUUGAUUAUACUGAAUACUUAUAUGGUUGAGAAUAUGUGAUGCAAUAUGAGAUAUUGAUUUGUCUAUUGAUUGCUUAUGCUCUGCUGUUAUGUUUUCUUGCUAGGCCUUGGCUCACGG